GUGCAAGGGGGGACAAAAGAUGCACUCACUUCUAGGGGGGAGGAGUUGGGGGCUCUGGGAUAAUCCAUGUGACCAUGUCCAGACCAGUGUUGGGUAUUUAGAAUAUAGAACAUUGGAGGGACCACUGAGCUAUAUUAACACGGACUGAGCCCCGCCUACGCGGUUUUUACAACGCCAUGAAAUCCAAUAUGGCCGCUGCAUUCAGAUUUAACUCCUAGUAAUAUUUGGUUCCAAAAAUGGAUAAAAAAACGCAAGACAAAGAAUUUGAGGAUAAGCAUGAAGAACAUGAUGAAGAAAUGGAAGAUGUUGAUGAUGAUGACGAUGAAGAGGAAGGACAGCUUGAGAUACAAACUCCAGAGGAUUCAGAGAAAGAUGCAGGAAAGAAGAAAGGAAAAGGCAAGAAAUCUGGAAGAACUAGUUUGAGUGGCCGUGGUGUCACGCUUAAAAUGUUACUUGAUGAUGGAGUGUUAGCUGUUGAAGAAGGAUGCAUGUCUAUUGAUUAUCUGGGUCAACGAUUUGUUGCAGAUCUUCUAGAAAAUGGCAAAAUCAAGUGGGAAGGUAGUGAGAAACUCUUUAACUCACCAUCAGCUUGGGCUAUUCAUUGCAAGAAACUUGUUAAUCCUACAAAGAAAUCUGGCUGUGGUUGGGCAUCUGUGAAGUAUAAAGGAAAGAAACUGGAUCAGUACAAGUCAACUUGGUUUCGAAAACAAAGACCUUUGUUUCAAUCAGACAAAAUUUCUACACCAGUAACUAGUCCCCCAUCUGUAAUCCGAACACCAGCCAUAUCAACCGCACUUAAACUAUCUGGGAAAAUAGACACAACUUCUGCUGUCAUAUCUCCAGUCUCAGAUUCCUCUCGACCUUCAUUGUCAUCACCAGAAGGAUUACGAAAUUCUGAGAAAUCUACUCCCACAUCAAGUUAUACAAAGAUUGUGAGCCCUACAGACUCAACAUCCAAGAAAGAAUUAUCACAAAAGAUCAAAAAUAAAACACAACGUCAACAGAAGGAACGAUCUCAGGAUGGCAAGCGAAAAGGUAGUUCCUCACAAACCUCAAAAACUUCAGCCCCAAAACGAGAUGUAACAGCUGUCCAAUCAGAUCUUGCUGAUUUAUCAUCAUUCACAACUCCACGGAAAACAAAGCUUGUCUCUUGGUCCAGGACAACUGUCAGUGUAUCUGAGGUGCGACCUGACAGUGAUCCUCAGACCUUAGUGCAAUGCAUCAACUUCAAUCAAAUAAAAAAGACACAACCAUUCACUGUUUCAAUCAACACUAACACUCUAAUGUUAAUGGAUUUACAUUGUCAUUUGACUACCGGUGAGGUUGUAGGAUAUUUAGGAGGCUAUUGGGAUAGAGAUAAACACAGUAUACAAAUUGUUCAAGCAUUUCCAGUAAAGUGCAGAUUUGCCAACCAGAAAAAUGCUGAUGUUGUUCAAGAAGAGAUUCGUUUAGCAAUGAGGGUCCGUGGUUUAACUCUGGUUGGCUGGUAUCACAGUCAUCCGACAUAUCAGCCAGAUCCAUCAGUACGAGAUAUUGCAGCUCAACAACACUACCAGGCCUGUAUUAAAGUGGAGAAAACAUCCUAUGAACCUUGUGUUGGGUUUAUUGUUUCUCCUUAUGAUCCACAUUUAUCCUCACGCGAGUCUCUCAUCAAAGCAUUCUGGGUACACAUAACCUCCAACCCAGGAACACAGACUUUCUCAUUACCCAUGGAGUUAAGUUAUAGCAUUGAACCUAGUGGAUUACUUACUGAUGACCUGCUUACUGAGAUGCGUCAUAUAUGCUCUUACUACAAAGGAAGUCCAGACGCAGUUAAUUUUGCAGAAUGUUGGCUAACAGGAGUAUCAUUCUUAGAUAAAGUGAAGGCAUCGCUAACAAAGAAGUUUCCUAAAGAUCAGUCUGGUCGAUUAAAUAAUUUUAUUCACAUGUUACUCUCUUAAUUCUGGCUCCACCCCUAGUAAAUGAAAUGGUCAUAAAUUAAUAUAAAAUUUUCAUUUUUAAAAAACCUUUUACAUAACCAGUGGCCUAUGUCAUCUUAGCAGCCUUGAACAAACUCUUAAUUGGCAAUGAUGUGAUGGAAGAUAAAAACUUGUUUGAUGUCUUGUCUGGCAGGGAUAAUUUCUAUUGCAUCUGCAUUUCCCCCACUUUAGUCUUACUUUACUUAAAAAAGUCUUUACCGGCAACCUAGGUGCCUACGUACAUUGUUUUGAGUUGCAGCUAUUAGAUAAUGCCAUAGAUGCAUAGUCUCAUAGUGCUAGGAUAUCAUUAUUACAUAUAUUGUACAUGUCAAUAAAUAAAUAAAACUUUAUGUUUUCCAAUAAAGUGCCUGGGUACGAG